AUGUCUACAGCCAAGAAGCAUUCACGACAGUGUUUACUAGAAGGGUGCUUUCAACUUAAGAAGUCUCAGAUUGCAUGCGACAAAAGGAAGGCAGUCUGUCAUAAAUACGCCAAAAGAAACAUAGCAUAUGCUUACGAAUUGAGAUUUGUCUUUCAAGAUGGAAGUGGCAGUAAGAAGAGGGCGUCCAAACGUGGCUUAAGAUCUAAGGGCGCCGGCGGCGGCAGCAACAACAACAACAACAGCAGCAGCAGCAGCAACAACAACGACAAGCCUCAACAUAGUAUUAUCCCUUCACUUCCUAGCAGCUCGGCCACUCUGCACGCAUCUGCCGAUGAAAUUACACAACAUUUGGUUCUUGAUCCUCCAGAUCUGGGUCUUUGUGACGCUGUGCCAACUGAUGACCAUCAGGCAACUAAGUGCACACAGGACUGCAAUUUUCCGGGGCUUCUGCUUUACGAUGACAUGACGAACGCUGAUUUUACUAUUCCAGAAUUCCUGUAUGCAUCGUCUAUAAACUUCCCACUCUUUGAUCCGGACGAGUAUUCUGCAACUGCUAGUUUAAAUAUCAGCUAUGGGGGGAAACCGUGGCACGGAUUUCAAGCUGAAUGGAGGAAGUCAGAGUGUUUGAUCAGCUCAACAGUCCUAAAGGAUAACGAUCCAAUUCAGGAACAUUUUGCAGAUAGUCAGAGUGAUCAGCUCCUUGAAAAUGUUGGCUUCCAGAAUUACAUACCGUUCGGCUUCGUUUGGACUAUGGCCAGAUGCACUUACUUAUUUAGUAAUUUCCCAACAUUUCCUGAUAGCAAGAUUGAAACAUUAAUGUCUAUGUUAUGGACUAUCAAUGCGCAGUAUUCUGUAAUAGAGUACGCACUACGGUGUAACUGCGCGCUAUACUUGAAAAACGUUUAUGAAACUGGAAAUAAUAGAAGGCUCUUUGAUCUGUGGAGCGCCGUAGCAGAAUCACCUGACUUGCAGUUUUCCAUUGUUGAAUUAACUACUAGAAUACAAAAGACUCUGGACUUUACUGAGUACAUAGCAGGGGCAUUCGCUAUAUUUUUGUUGUUCGCUGCGAAGGCCGCCCUUGAAGGUUCUGAGGAAUCAGAUUGCAAAGAAUUUCAUAAAAUACUUAGUCACGGACAUCAAUUGAAACCCAAUGAUAUAUAUUUGACUGAUUUGGAAUCAAGUUCAAUCUUUGUACUUCAGUUCCUUGAGGCCUGGUUUUCUCAAACUGAGUUGAUGGCUUGUUUUCUUUCAGAUAAUGGCGGUGCUUUUGAGGAUGUCAGUGAAAUAAGUCAUUUCUUCGAUGCCGAGUUUCUGGACUUUUACACGUUUAAUGGAAAAUAUGACCUUAUUAAAGGUUGUAUGAAUGGUUUUAAUGGUAUUUACCGCCGAUUGUAUUCAAAGAUGGCCGAAUUCAAGGGAAGGGGUGUCCCGUUAAGUGGUCGGCAUAUCAUUAAGCACAAGUUAUUAAAUUCGGAUGAAUCGUUGUCUCAAGAAUUGCUAGAGUUUGGACAAGCACUCAUGUUGGAACUGGAUUUCAGCGGUAAUAAUGAAUUUGAAUUCAGUGGCUUAUACAAAAUCGGGGACAGCGCUUUAGAAUAUGCUAUGAAAAAUUGCAAUGAGAUGCAUUCCAUUGGGCUGAAGUUAUAUUUGAAGGUAUUCUUUAUAAAUGAUUCUUUGCCGUCUUUGGAGUUGCUAAAGUUACUUGAAGGAUUGCUAUAUUCCUGUUUUCAAUUUAGCUGUUAUUCCAAUCCAAGUGCAUUCUGCCACUUCUACGUUUACCUUGGUGCCGUGGUGUCAUUGUUUAUGGGACAUGUUAUCUUGUUUGAUCAAUUUAAAGAUUUACUGCAGAAAUUUGUGAACAGUGGUAUGAGCCAGGCAAGAAAUAGCUUGGAACGAUUGCGCUAUAUCUCUCUAGUUUUGGAAGCAAGGAACUAUGCACUGUUAAUUAAUACAGAACAAGGUUGUGGUCUGUAUUGA